AUGCCGUCCAUCAACCACAAGGCAACCUCAGGCUCCGAGAACUCAGAGAGCAGCUGGGAUGUGUAUCUUAUAUUGGACUCGGAUCUGAGUUAUCUCAACGACCAUGGAAAGCUUCGAGGCCAACUUUUCCCCAGCAAUGUCAAGGUCAGUAUCGUCCCAGUAAUCUUCACAGAGACGAAAAGAGCGCACGAACUAGAAAGAAAGAUUUAUCUUCGAGCAGCGACUCAAGUUGAAAGGGCAUACAAGGACAAAGGACAUGGCGUCUGGCUGGGCAGGCGUAUGCGCACUCUUUACCAUGCUCCACAUGUUCAAGUUGAGAUUGCAAUUCCGCGAGAAGAAAUCCAUGUUGGAUGGGAUUGCCUUCAAGAACCGGCCGAAGCCCUCCUUUAUUAUACCGUUCGGUGCUAUGGUCAAGCCAUGAGCAGGAAGUCGCGACUGCUCCAGCUCAAUGCCCCGGGAAUCUGGAAAAUGGUCUGUGAAAAUCUCGACCUGCUUAGCUCGAACACUACUCGGCUUCACGCAAUUGCACGGCUCUUGAGCGUGUUGGGAAAUCAUGGUCUGCCUGAAGAGCCUAUCCUGGACCACACACCUUCGCAAAACUGCCAGCUUCUGGCUUUCCUUCUCGAAGUAGCAUCCAAGAACCCUGGCAAGCGUUUCAAAGUUGAAGAAAUCCUUUAAAACUCCGAGCUAUAUUCCAAAUCUGACACCAGCACUUCUUUGUGGACAUAUGCCUUCUGCAUGCCCUUAGUGUGUCUCACACCUCCCCUAUCCAUUGUGAGCUAUUCCCCGGUGUACGACGAGAGUCAUCUGCUGACGAGGGAGCCUCACGGCGAAGCGCUCUCUUGCCAUCUCACAAGAAGCCAGUUCAGAGAACUAGCGGAAUUCCAUGACAAUUUGGUCAAAAAAGGCUGGGUAUGGAAUGAAGAGAGUCAGAGUGCACAUCACAUGUCGCUGUUGUUAUGGACAGGAAGAACGCUGCUGGCACCUAACGCACGUCAC